AUGACUCCGAUCGAAACCCCUAUUCAACAACAACAACGUUUAUCGUCGAAACGGAAAUUAGACGAUGACGAUGAAAGCGUGUUAGAUGAUGACUUAGUGUAUGUGAGAAUGAGAAAAGAGGAGACGACGGAAACCACAGUUAAGCCUUGGAGCGGUGGAGGUUGCCGUGGCGGCGGUGGCGGUGGCGAUGGUUUAUUGAAGAAUAGAGGACCGGUUUGUUUUUUCAUUCGCAUGGUUUCAGAAGGAUACAGCGUUGUGAUGAACGCUUUUCCUGAAAACACUGUGCAAUCAAUUCAUGAACGAAUAUAUGAAAUGAAGAGAAUUCCUCUUUUCGAACAGAGGUUGAUUUUCAAAGGUAAACAGCUUCAGUGGGAACAAACUCUGGCUGAGUGUGGUAUACAGAAGGAUGUGAUUCUUGAACUAGUUGGUCGAAUGCGGAGUACGGAGCAUCCUCAAGCGUGGCAAGUUGUGAAUGAUAUGGUUACUAUUGCUUAUGAUCUUUGUGUUGGUGGGAAUGUUCAGGAUCCUGUUAAAACUGUGAAGAAUUUACUCACUACUUACGUUAAUCUGGCUUUGGCACCAAAACCUAAACUUGAUGCUGAUUCUGCUACUAAGUAUUUUCAGAUUUUCACAAAUUGUUCGGCGAUUUCAAUUCUUGUUACUCUCUAUGUUUCGCCUUUUACAGGUAACAAGUCCUGCUCUGAUACUUGUAUUAGGCAUUUUUUGAAUUGUUGUAAGACUACAUUGUCCGAGACAUUUCAUACUCAGGCUGCGCGCGUGGCGUUGGAGUUUUGUAAAUUGCUUAGGAGAGUAGGGACUCAUGAUCCUUUGUAUCUCUAUUGUCGGAAUUGUUUGGGGUUUUUCUUGGAAGACGCUGACAUUACACUGGCUUCUUCUGAGGAUCAGAAUGACAAAGGUUCGGUGUUAGUUCAAGAUUUAUUCCCCUUUGUUCGCGAACUUGCUGAUAGUUUGUUGAUGGAUUUGGAUAUGAGCAUUGAUACACCUUCCUUUGCUUGUCCUGUGACGAGCAAUGUUGGUGAUUUUGCUGCCUUUUUAGUUCCUGUGAGGAAUGGAAUCAAGCAGCAAAAGUCUCACCGUGGUUUUGUACCUUACCACAAAGUCGGCAGGAACAGCUUGGUUCUUAAAGAGAUUGAAUACCUUUUUCUGUUGUAUGAUCAGUUGUUGUGCAAAAUUGAAAUCUGCCUUCAAAAAAUGGAUAAGAGAUUCGUUAACAAGGAAAUGUCUCACGAGGAGAGUUAUUUUCAUCCUGCAUGCUCUCUCUAUCUUUCCGUUUUGAAGGAGUUGCAUAAGAUUUCUAAACUUUAUGAUGGUGCUUCAGAAAAGCUCCAGGGCGUUUUGACGCGUCAAAAGACUGUGCUGUGUCAGCUGCUUGUUAAAUAUGCAAAGAGGAGCGACGAGCAUCAGUGGAUUCUCGAGCACAAGGAUGUCACCAAUUUCGAGGCUAGGAGGCAUUUGGCCAUGAUGAUGUUCCCGGAGGUUAAGGAAGACUAUGAAGAGCUACAUGAGAUGCUCAUUGACAGGUCUCAGUUGUUAACUGAAUCUUUUGAAUACGUUGCACGGGCCGAGCCUGAGUCACUGCGUGCUGGCCUCUUUAUGGAAUUCAAAAAUGAGGAAGCCACUGGCCCCGGUGUGCUGAGGGAGUGGUUCCUUUUGGUUUGUCAAGCAAUAUUCAAUCAGGAAAAUGCUCUUUUUGUUUCCUGCCCAAAUGAUCAAACAAGAUUUCUCCCUAAUUCUGCUUCCAAGGUGCAUCCUCUGCAUCUUGAGUACUUCAGCUUCUGUGGUCGAGUUAUUGCAUUAGCUUUGAUGCAUGGGGUGCAAGUAGGUAUUGUUUUUGAUCGGGUGUUUUUCUUGCAAUUGGCUGGAAAGUCUAUUUCUGUUGAAGAUAUAAGGGAUGCAGAUCCUGAGCUUUAUAGAAGCUGCAAGCAGAUAUUAGACAUGGAUUCUGAUCUAGUUGAUUCAGAUGCGUUAGGACUGACGUUUGUUAGAGAAGUGGAUGAAUUAGGGCACAGGAAAGCGAUUGAGCUCUGUCCCGGUGGAAAAGAUGUUGUAGUUACUAGUAAGAACAGGGCGAGGUAUAUUUAUCUUCUUAUACAGAAUCGCUUUGUAACAUCCAUAUCUCAGCAGGUGUCACACUUUGCCAAAGGUUUUGCUGAUAUUCUUUCAAGUACAGACCUCCAGACGUCCUUCUUUCAAGGUUUAGAUCCAGAAGAUCUUGAUUGGAUGCUGCGUGGGUGCAAAGAUGCCAUUUCCGUUGAAGAUUGGAAAAAACACACUGAAUAUAAUGGUUAUAAAGAGACUGAUAUUCAGAUAUCUUGGUUUUGGGAGAUAGUGGGGAGUAUGACAGCUGAAGAAAAGAAAAUUCUCCUUUUCUUUUGGACAUCUGUGAAAUAUUUACCAGUUGAAGGCUUCUGUGGUUUGGGCACCCAUCUCUACAUUUACAAGUCCCAUGAACCUGGCGAUUACCUUCCUUCAUCUCAUACAUGCUUUUACCGGCUGUGUUUCCCAGCUUAUUCAUCAAUGCCAGCCAUGCAAGCUCGUCUCAAAGUCAUUACUCAAGAACAUAUUGGCAGUAGUUUUGGCACUUGGUGA